AUGUCUUCGCGACCGGAGUUAAAGGUCGACGACGAAGUCGGUUUCAUUCGCUUCUUCCGGUCUCUCCCUGCCAAAGAUGUUGGCAAUGAGAGCAACCCGUCGACAGUCCGCGUCUUUGAUCGCGGUGACUGGUACACCGCUCAUGGGACCGAUGCCGAGUUCAUCGCCCGCACCGUCUACAAAACCACUUCGGUCCUCCGAAUGCUGGGCCGCAGCGACACGGGCGGCUUGCCGUCCGUCACCAUGAGCGUGACUGUUUUCCGGAAUUUCCUCCGCGAGGCGCUGUUCCGCCUGAGCAAGCGUGUCGAGAUCUGGGUGUCUAGCGGCACUGGCAAGGGUCAGUGGAAACUGGCGAAGCAGGCGAGUCCCGGCAAUCUCCAGGAUGUCGAGGAAGAAUUGGGCGGUGCCUCCGGGACGGCGAUGGACUCUGCGCCCAUCAUCCUCGCUGUCAAGGUCUCUGCCCGAUCCACCGAGGCGAAGAACGUCGGUGUGUGUUUCGCUGAUGCGAGUGUGCGGGAGCUUGGCGUGAGCGAGUUCCUCGAUAAUGAUGUCUACUCCAACUUCGAAUCCCUGGUCAUCCAGCUCGGAGUGAAGGAGUGUGUGAUCCAGGCGGACGGGUCCAAGAAGGAUGUCGAGCUCGCCAAGCUGCGAGCGAUUGCGGAUACCUGUGGGAUCGCAAUCACCGAGAGGCCCGCGGCGGAUUUUGGGACCAAGGAUAUCGAACGGGAUUUGACAAGACUGUUGCGCAGUGAGCGAUCCGCCGCCCUGUUACCGCAGACUGAACUGAAAUUGGCUAUGGGCGCGGCGGCCUCGUUGAUCAAGUACCUGGGAGUCAUGAAUGAUCCAACCAACUUCGGGCAGUACCAGCUUUAUCAGCAUGACCUCUCCCAGUAUAUGAAGCUGGAUGCGUCUGCUCUGCGAGCACUCAAUCUCAUGCCUGGCCCCCGCGACGGGUCGAAGAACAUGAGUUUGUAUGGUCUUCUGAAUCAUUGCAAAACGCCCGUGGGAAGUCGACUCCUCGCUCAAUGGUUGAAGCAGCCGCUCAUGGAUCUCGCGGAGAUCGAGAAGCGACACCAGCUCGUGGAGGCGUUUGUCAUGGAUACAGAACUACGGCAGACCAUGCAAGAAGAGCAUCUACGAGCCAUCCCUGAUCUCUACCGUCUAGCGAAGCGAUUUCAACGAAACAUGGCCAACUUGGAGGACGUUGUCCGCGUCUACCAGGUGGCUAUUCGCCUGCCGGGCUUCAUCCGCAGCUUUGAGAAUGUCAUGGAUGAGCAGUAUCAGACCGUACUGGAUGAACAAAGCCCUGGACAACCACGAGUUCAUCAUCAAGCCAGAGUUCGACGAGAGCCUCCAGGUCAUCCGAAAAACUGGACAAGCUCCGGCACGAUAUGGACGUGGAGCAUCGGCGUGUGGCGCGGGGAUCUCAACCAGGAGAUGGACAAGAAGCUCUUUCUCGAGAACCACCGCGUGCACGGAUGGUGCUUCCGAUUGACUCGUAAUGAAGCUGGGUGUAUCCGGAACAAGCGGGAAUACAUGGAGUGCUCCACGCAGAAGAACGGUGUCUACUUCACGACCUCGACUAUGCAGGCACUACGGCGAGAGCACGAUCAGCUCUCGGCUAACUACAACCGCACGCAAACGGGGCUUGUUAAUGAAGUCGUCAAUGUUGCCGCUUCUUACUGUCCCAUCCUUGAGCAGUUGGCCGGCGUUCUGUCGCAUCUCGACGUCAUUGUCAGUUUCGCACAUGUGUCCGUCCACGCUCCCACCGCGUACGUCCGCCCGAAGAUGCAUCCGCGCGGGACGGGAAAUACCAUACUCAAGGAAGCCCGGCAUCCGUGCAUGGAAAUGCAGGACGACAUCUCGUUCAUCACGAAUGAUGUCUCGCUUGUGCGAGACGAGUCUUCCUUCCUCAUCAUCACUGGACCCAACAUGGGUGGUAAAUCCACCUACAUUCGGCAGAUUGGCGUCAUUGCGCUCAUGGCUCAGAUCGGAUGCUUUGUGCCCUGCACGGAGGCCGAGCUGACCAUAUUCGACUGCAUCCUCGCUCGUGUGGGAGCCAGUGACUCCCAACUUAAGGGGGUGUCGACGUUCAUGGCCGAGAUGCUCGAGACGGCCAAUAUCCUCAAGUCUGCGACUUCUGAAUCGCUGAUCAUCAUUGACGAGUUGGGCCGUGGCACGAGCACCUACGACGGGUUUGGUCUCGCGUGGGCCAUCUCGGAACAUAUCAUCACGGAGAUCCGAUGCUUCGGUCUCUUCGCGACGCACUUCCACGAACUCACCGCGCUCGCAGACCGAUACCCGAAAUCGGUCAAGAACCUUCAUGUGACUGCGUUCAUUGGUGAUGGCAGUGGGGAAGAAGGCAAGAAGAAGAAGAGAGAAGUCACACUUCUGUACCGCGUCGAGCCAGGUGUCUGCGACCAAUCCUUUGGGAUCCAUGUGGCGGAACUGGUCCGCUUCCCUGAAAAGGUGGUCAACAUGGCGCGGCAGAAGGCCGAGGAGCUGGAGGAUUUCACGUCCGCAACAUCUGAACAGCAGCAAGUGCAGUCGACGAGCCUGGACGGGUAUACGCAAGAAGAAGUAGAGGAGGGGAGCGCGCUGCUAAAGUCGAUGCUUCUCAAGUGGAAGGCUGAAAUCGAGGGUCCUGGGAAGGAGAAUCUGACUGCGGAGGAAAAACGCCAAAUCAUGCGAGAUCUGGUCCGGGCGGAUGAAAAAUUACAGGCGAACAAGGUGUUUCAGGGUAUCACGGCUUUGUAA